UUCGUUUUUCUAUUAUUCCACAGUCUUUUCACAAAAUAAAGACAAAAUCGACCAGACCCAGACCAAAGUAAACAAUCACCAGCCAUCUGUGACAUCAAGAUCAAGGUCAAGCUUCCCUUCAAACUGGCGGCGGAGGGUGGCGGCAAUACAAGGUCAUGUCCAGGUAAUGCUGCUCUCUGGAGUCACGAUGGCUGCGGAGGAAGAUGCUACCACCACCACCACACGCAGGCUUCGUGUCCGGCCACCCAAGCUCACGAAGGUGUUGCUGGAGAUUGACGAAGAGGACAUGAGCAACAGGAAGCCUGAGGUUACUCUGGAGAGCCUUUAUCUUCAAAAGAACUGCAAGGACCCAAUCCACACCCAGCUGGAAACCAUUUUUGAGGACCCCCGUCCCAGCAAGGUGCAGCAGGGACAGGCCAGUCAGGAUGAAGCCUUGCUGAUGGCCAACAGAAAGCUGAAGCGCUACCUCGUCUUUCCCAGUCACUACCAACCCCCACGAAACAAGCUCAAGCAGCGGAAGCAGUGCGCACAAAGGUUCCAGAGGAUAGCAAAGGUGCGUUUGCCAACGGGGAAUGUGAUCUCUGAUGACGAGUUGCUUGCUGCUCUUUUAUGUCUAGAGGAGGAGACUGCCACCCCUGGCCAGUAUCAGGAGCAAGAGAGAGGGCUGUUGGAUCCUCCUGGCACCUCUGCCCCCAACCUAGUGGAGGGGAUGAUCAGUGUUCACAACUCUUUGAAUGGAGGUUUUGAGUCACCACUUUCACUUCCUAACCAAACACACAAGGAGGUAGCUUCAGCCCAGUCUCUAUCCUCUGAGGAGAAGGGUCAGGGGCCAAGGUGUGACAUGAUCCCCAAAAUUAAUGGUGUCAGCCCCAGCACUUCUCUGACCUCCUCCAGCACUCACCAAAGCUCACCGCCCAAGAUGUCUGCCCGUGAGAAAAGACUGAAGCGGAGGUCUGGCUUGGUGCUCCCACAGAGCAGUAGCAGCCCCUCCUCUUUUCCUGGUGAUGCAGAGGCUGCAACAAACUCUAACUCACCUGAGUCUCCUCGUCCUAGGGUAGUAGGAAGGCCCAGGGGUAAAAGGCAAAGUGUAUCACCCCAGAUGAUAGAACACCCCACAUCAUCCAAGGAUGCUCAACUCAAGCUGGGGAGCAAGAGGAGUCCAGAGGCUGCCCCAGCCACAACCAUCAAAAAGCAUUACAUGCUUAAGACCCCCCAGGAGACCACCAAAGACCCCGCCCCAACCUCUAAGCGUGGCAGAGGGCGUGGGAAGGACAAGAAGCCAAGAUCCUCCAGGUUGAAGCCGUCCCUCACCCUCACCAACAACUCUCCCAGUGACAGUGUUGUCCCUGCCAGCAAGAUACCACAACUGCUAUCCACACUGCCAUCACCACCAAAGGGCCAGUCACGCACACUCUUCAACUCACCAGUCGCCUGUGUUGUGCCAGCUGAGGGUGGAGAUAGGAUAGAUGGAGAAAGAGGAGUGGAGGGAAGAGGAGGAUCACCCACACCAUCCCCCUCUGCUAGACUGGCUGCACCCUCCCUCCAUGUCUCCCCAGCACAGCUCUCCCCCCUCAGUAAGCCCAAGAAGGUACGCCGCAGAUCAGCAAGACUCAGCAUAGGGUCAGAGGUCAUUGAUGGGCUGCGAGGGAUGCAGAACGGCCAUAGUGAUGUUCCGCUGGGCACUGUCUGGGCUGCCUUCUCCCCCUUGGAAAAAACAACAGCGAGGAGGGCGGUAGACAACAGUUCACCACCCUCCACUGACACCGCCAAGAAAAAAGGAAGGAGGCGGUCAAAUCUAUUCAGCCACCUGGAGAUGAUGGACAGCCUGAGGGAGACUGCCAUCACAACCACCACAGAAAGUACCUUGACUGUACCUGAUCUCUCUGCCAGACCAGUCUCAGCUUCACCUCCAUCCCUGCACCCCCCUACAAAACAAGACUCCCUCACUCCCCUACAUCAUUCUACCACUCCUGGAACUCCCAUCACAGAGCCCACGCCCAAUGUCGGCACUCCACAUUCCUGUCCUCAACCUCUGUCAGCCGGUAUGCAGCAAGGAGUAAGUGCCAAGCAGAUGAAGCUCACUACAACCUCAUCAGCAGAUAAUGCAGUGCCUCCAGGACAUCCUCAAGCAGUGACUGAGGAGGCAGAGGAGGUGGGUAGCCUUGUGAGAGAGGAGCAGGGAGACGUCGUUCGCUCUGUCACCCCACGCUCUGGUUCUGAUGACUCUAAUUCUCCUUACUCACCCUUCACCGUUGCAAACACUGGCACGUACAACAUUCUCGAGGCCUGUCCUGACCUAUCAUCCCCUUCCCUUUCCCCCUCCCCUCGUCCUAUGGCUUCCUCGGCCCCUGCCAGUUUUCUCGCCUCAUCUCAGACUCCUCCGGCCCUUGCCUUCACCCCAUCAAAGACUCUGACGGCCCUCACGCUCAUCCCAGCUCAGACUCCUGCUGCCCCAACCCUCACCCCAUCUCCAACUCUGCCUGCUCCUUCCCUCACCCCAUCUACAACUCUGCCUGUCCCAACCCUCACCCCAGCUCAGACUCCUGACCCUUCCCUCACCCCAGCUCAGACUCCUCCUGACCCUUCCCUCACCCCAGCUCAGACUCCUGACCCUUCCCUCACCCCAGUUCAGACUCCUGCCUCAACCCUCACCCCAGCUCCAACUCCACCCAUCCCUUCCCCCACCCUAGCUCCAACUCUGCCUGCCCCUUCCCUCACCCUAGCUCAGACUCCUUCUGCCCCUGUCAUUACUUCAUCUCAAGCCAUGCCUUCCUCUGCCAUCACCCCAUCUCAAGCCAUACCUGCCCCUACCCUCACCCCAUCUCAAGCUUUGCCUGCUCUUGCCCUCACCCCAUCUCAAACUCUGCCUUCCCUUGUCAUCACAUCAUCUCAGACUUUGCCUGCCCCUGCCAUCACCCCAUCUCAAAUUCUGCCUGCCCCUGCCCUCACUCCAUCUCAAACUCUGCCUUCCCUUGUCAUCACAUCAUCUCAGACUUUGCCUGCCCCUGCCAUCACCCCAUCUCAAAUUCUGCCUUCCCUUGUCAUCACAUCAUCUCAGACUUUGCCUUCCCUUGCCAUCACCCCAUCUCAAGCCAUACCUGCCUCUGUCAUCACCCCAUCUCAAGCUUUGCCUCCCCCUGCCCUCACCCCACUUCAAGCCAUACCUACCUCUGCCAUCACCCCAUCUCAAGCUAUACCUGCCCCAACUUUCACCCCAGCUCAAGUCAUAUUUGCCCAAGCCCUCACCCCAUCUCAAGGUCCUCUUGCCCCAGCCCUCACCCUAUCUCAAGCACUGCUUGCCCCAGCCCUCACCCCAUCUCAAGCUCCACAUGGCCCAGCCCUCACCUCAUCUCAGGCUCACCUCACCCAGGGCACAUCCUCUGAGAGUGACUCAGACUCCCCCAUCCUCCAGGGCAUCCUUGCCAACCACACCCUGGUCCAGGAGGGCCAGGUGUGCUACCCCCUCGCCCUCUUCCCAUAGGCAUCCGUCCCUGCUCCAUGGCGGCAAGCUUUUUCAUCAUCAUUCUUAUUUUCUGCUUUUUUUAAUUUUCAUAGUUAUAGCAUUUCCUAAAUUUACAUUUAUAUGUUGUAUUUUCUAUUGAAAAACAUGGCCAGCAAUGAAGGAUGAGACUAAUUAAUGUUUGUCAAGGUGUGUCCUGCCCUGAAGUGUUUCUGUUGCCAGGUGUUGGAACCCUUGCUCCCAGGACUGAGCCUGUGUCUUGUGGCCCGGGUAGAUGUUGCUCCCUUCAUUUAUUGUUUGUGUUUUUCUUUUGUUUUGGGUUUGUUGCCUGUAUGGAAAAAGCUUCUCUCUGAGGUAAAUGGAAAGUUUUAUUCAUUCUAUUAGGGAUGAUAACUGAAUUUUUAGAUUAAUGUCUAUAAAAUGAACAGUGUAUUCCAAAGUAUAUGUAUUGCCUGCCAUAUUGGGCCAAAUUUUAUUUUGAAGAUUCAUUCAUGCUUCUCUGUGCAAUAAAACUUUAUAUCAAGUA